CAUUCAAUAUACAUGAGGAAUUUCUCUCUGCAAUUCUGUUUUCCUCUAUUUCACAUUCUUUUGUUUCAUGGUAUCAGAGCUGCCGAUCAAUGGCCAACGCUCAUACAGAAAAUGAUUCUCAGUCCUUCAACGAUACAAACCCCAAAAACAAAUACCUCAAUUUCUCUGACCCUUUCAAUCCAUUCCGAAUUGAGAAUGGUGAUAACCCAGCUGCUGCUCUCGUUUCUGAACUCUUGACUGCUGAUAAUUAUGUCAGUUGGUCUCGUGCGAUUUCUCGAGCUCUUCGCGCGAAGAACAAACUUGCUUUUGUUAAUGGUACAUUGUCUAAACCUACUGAUAUCUCAGAUCCUCUUUUUGAAGCUUGGGAGAGAUGCAAUGACUUGGUUGUUUCGUGGCUACAAAAUUCUGUUUUGUUUAUAUCCACGCGACGGCAUAGUUUCUGUUCCCAGCAAGACUCGCCAGACAUAUAUAUGUUUCGUUUCCAUGAAAUGGUUCAUUUCAUGGCAACGCCGGCAUGGCUAAAACGUGUGAAGACAGAAAGAUGUGGGUCAAUAUCUAUCUCUAGAAGGAUUAAUGGAGGUUCAAUUUUCCUUGGCUAAUUCCUAUCACUAACAGCAUCAAAAUACGUUUUUGAGCCGCCACGCCUGUCGUUAACCUAAUCCAAUACAGAAAUCAGAUCACAUUUUUCAUUCCUUCCGUCAGCCAUAGUUUUGCGAACGCUACAAUAUUAUUAAAAUAGUAUAAUUUGAAGACUGACUUUUGAGAAAUUACGAGCGAAGACGGGCAAGUGACUAAAGUACUAAAAGGAUCUUGUUGUUACUAUGGAUGAACAGAUUUUAUGAUUCUGUGCCUCGUGCAUGCUUUGAAGCCGUGAAAAGAAUGACACUUGGAAUAGUCCUGUUGAUGUCAAUUCCCAGAGGAAAUUUCAUGCCUCAAAGAUAUGCUUUUCAGGUUAUACAGCUGGUGCCCAGUUUCUCAUAGAUUAAGCUGAUCAAGAUGUGAAACCUUGAAUUUUAUGGAACCAACAUGUCAGAUAGCUGUCAUUUGAUGUGUGAAUGAUUAUGAGCCGUAGAAGAGCAUACUGACAAUAUCAGUAGAGGAUUCUUCAUUCUAUUUUGUCUAGUCCUUGGUAGCAGACUCAUCCCUUUCUCCCUUAGCCAUCUCUAGCAAUAGCCUGCUUUAAUUUCAAAAACGAAUAAAUGUAAACAACCUCAUUCUAACGCACUAAUAAAUGUUGAAGAUUUCCCUGCA